UUUUUAAAAGGAAUUAGAAAGGAAGGAAUUCAGCAUUAGUCUUGAAAGAUACACUUGGGUGUUCAGCACUUUCUCCUUCUCUCUGAUUUCUUUGGACCUCUCUCACUCACCAGUAAAGACAAAGAAUUCUCUCAACUAGUUGAAUGGAGACAGUAUCAGCCCAAGGAAGAUUAUUAGCAAUUUCUCACUUUUACAUUUACAACAAACAGAAAGAGCUGCCCACCCAGUGGUAAUUAUUUGAUCACUAGGACUAAAUAAUAAAAAUAUUCAUCAAAAGGGUGUGGAUUUCAUAGCAAUACAUUAGCAUAAAACAAGGCAUUAACGGUGCUAAUAAGAAAAGUGUUACUUAGCUGCUUUAAAUAUGGUAUUUUGAACAUUUGAAAUGACAAAAACAUGGUGAGCAGUCACAUGGAUUUAUAGCUACUACUUGAACCAUAAAAUCAAACUUGUCAUGAUAGAGAAGACAGAAAUGCUGAUAUGUAAUCCUUCAUAGAUCCCCUUAUUAAAACUUAAACUGAUUUUUAGAAAAAUUAGGCUUUCUUCUAAGUUGUCUUUGUUUUAAUCAGGGAAUCAAAAUUCCUUUUUUUCCUUAAUUUACAUUUAAUUCUUGUCCUUCAUUGCCAAUCUCUUAUGAAAUACUAUGUUUCAUGUUGUUGCAUCUGUUUACAUAUAUAUCAAAGAAUACAUGUUUAUGAUCUUGAUGUUUUCAGAAAAAAACACCUUGGGACUUUCAGUGUAGAAUGGAGGCACUGUGAUUUUUUUUUUUUUUAAUACUAAACUGGGCAUGAUACACUGCAGUGCUUCUCAGAGAGGCUCAUUCCAUUUAUUUUUAAAAUGUAGCCAAGUCAAUAAUGAACUACCAGCCUGGCAUUGGGAAUGGCCAAUCUUUAAGUGUUAUUCACAGCUAUAAAACAAGUAGAUUUUAUUUCCAGCCUUUACCUUCCCCUUGCUUAGCUUUUGGAACCUAUCCCAAGUUGCUAAGUUCAUGGUCUUUCCCUCUCCAUUCUCCUUCCAUUCUCUCCCAGUGAAAAAGUGAUAACUGCUAGUUGUCUGGCUUGAACACAUGUUUAAUGGCACUGAUGUCCCUAAUGGUGGCCUAUCAAAACAAAAGCACGUGCACAAAGUAGCUGGCAUUGACCUCUCCAUCAGAGGGCAUCCAGAGCUGGACCUGAGCUUGGAUUCUGAUGUGAUUUGAAUUUAAUUCAAUUAAAUUACAGGAUCUAAUACUGAAGUGUAAUGCUAAACCUGUCUACCAUUACUGCCCAUGCUUUUGGCAUACCAGGGCCACUAGACCUUAGAUCCCUUUCACCUUCCACAAAAGAUGCCCUGGAAUAGCAAAACUCUGAUCAAACCCUAAAUAAGAAUGGAAAGGGAACAAAAUAAUCCAUUGAGAUCUUUCCUCUUCUACUGUGAUGCGAUUGAAACCCUAAUGCUUGGCUACUCUUGCAUAGCUAUCGGAAGAGGCUCACAAUUGCCAUGAGAGAGUGUAUAUUCUACUGUAGGCUCUGUUCAUUUACGUAGUAGGAUAGUCAUGCGAGGUGAGCUGCCACUGGUCAGAAUCAGGCCAGCAAAAAUUCCCACAGGGAAGAGCAUUAGGGCUGACCACCGUUAGCCACAGUAACAAGAAUUGGGGUCCUAAGUUGAGUCCUGUUAAACUUUUGAGAGUUUUUUCAUCAUUAAGACUAUAAAUCACAGGCCAGGCUGUUUCAGUUUCAGCCAGCCAAAUGUAAGAACAACUUGGCCAUAUGCUUCUUUUUCAAAGAACUUUAUUCAUUUAGCCCCAGGCUCAGAAUUCAACAAUGUUUUCUAUGGACUUUUUCUCUUCACAUCAAAUAAUAUUAAAGCGGAAAAAUAUGGGGGAAAAUUCUAAUUACUCCCAUAUGUAUACUUGGAAAUGGCCAAAUGGAAUUAUUCACAGUUUCCUUAAACACAUACUCUGAUUCCUGAUCUCCACACGUGUGGGCAUAGACCCUAGUGCAAAGACCUCCUCAGGCUCUGUUUGUCAGAAUCACACUCAUUUUUUUAAAGCCCACCCAAAUGUCUUCUCUGUGUGCCCCGCUACGAUCACCCCAGUCGAAAAUAAUAUCGCUCCCCCAACAUUGUCUUUGUGUCUUUUUUGAGACACCUCUUACGUAAGGUUUGUGAAAGCCUUAAGCUUUUGCGUAACUUCUCUUCUGGUCCUUAAAUCUGGGACAGCUUGGCAGCAUAAAUCUGAAUCUUUCCAGUGAUGCGUGGCAGUGUCUUAAAUGUGAUCGGUUCUUCAUGACUAUUUUGCUUCUUGGCGAUUAACUAUUGGGGGUGUCGAAAAAUUAAAGGGAAAUAGAUACUUAACAAAUAUGUGUAUGCCCUUUGCCUCUCCCAGUCAUCUGUGAGAGCUCUCAGCCUCCCACUGCAGAAGGUCAGGAGUCUGUAGUGUAUUUACUCUGGGUGUUAAAGCACUUGAAAGUUUAUUUUUCACUGGAAGAGCUUUAUUUGAUUCAUUCUUUGUAAGGAAGGGUGCUAGCAUACUCAGCUGUUGAUGCUUAUUUGGAGUAGUUUUUCAUUGGAGACGUUUAUCACACCCAUUUGUUACCUGUCUGCAGCUGCCUUUGGAGAAAGCAAACGUGCUUUCUGUAACUUUUACAGCCUCCAAGGAAAUCUAUGCCCAGGGCUCAGUUUUCUUCUACUGCCUUUUCUUCCACCUUUCUCUUUUUAACUCGUUUAGUGAGCGCUGCUUCCUGGCGUUUAGUCAGCUCUGAGGCACCGCAAACGCUGGCAUUUGCCUUCAGCACCGUGGGGGGAUCAGAGCUGCUGGAACUGCCCAUCUAGGGGGCUGGGGACUGACUGCUUACGGUCCCGUUCUCCUUUCUUCUUCUGAUUGGCUGCUCGAGGUCACGUGAAGGCCGGGGGUUGGAAUUCUGAGUUGCGGCUUUUGGCACUCCUUCUUCUUUUUAAAAAUCGCCUGGUGUGUGGAGCUCCGCCGGGCUUGGUGCCUCGCUCCCUUACUGAGACUGGAGACAGCCGGGAACAGCCACAGGGCAGACUGAGGUGGCAAAAGGGAAAUCUGCCGAGAUGUUCAGUCAGGGACCCAGGACCCCAGCUUCAGGCUGCUACUAUCUAAAUUCCAUGACACCUGAGGGCCAGGAGAUGUACUUGCGAUUUGAUCAGACUGCGAGGCGCUCUCCUUACAGGAUGAGCCGGAUUCUAGCACGCCAUCAGCUAGUGACUAAAAUUCAACAAGAAAUCGAGGCGAAGGAAGCAUGCGACUGGCUCCGUGCUGCUGGGUUCCCACAAUACGCUCAGUUGUAUGAAGAUUCCCAAUUUCCCAUCAACAUUGUGGCUGUCAAGAAUGAUCAUGAGUUUCUUGAAAAGGACCUUGUAGAACCUCUUUACAGACGACUGCAUACAUUGAACAAGUGUGCCUCAAUGAAACUUGAUGUGAACUUCCAAAGGAAAAAGGGUGACGACUCAGAUGAGGAAGAUCUCUGCAUCAGCAACAAAUGGACUUUCCAAAGAACCAGCCGCCGGUGGUCUCGCGUGGACGACCUGCACACACUGUUCCCCGGAGGAGACAGAAAUGGGUCAUCGGGAGACAUUAGGAUGAGGAACACCACCAGCAGUGAAAGUGUCCUCACAGACCUGAGCGAGCCCGAGGUCUGCUCCAUUCACAGUGAGAGCAGCGGAGGGAGUGACGGUCGCGGCCAGCCGGGCAGCCACAGCGCGGGCCGCGAGCCGUUCGACUGCCCCGGCCAGUCCUGCCCCGACAGCCCAGUCAUGCUGGACGCCACGUUUGUCAGCAGCAGCCUCCCACAGUCCCCCAGAGACGUUCUCAGCUACCCCCUCCACCCAAAGAAUGAGAAACCCACCAGGACCAGAGCCAAAUCAUUUUUGAAACGUAUGGAGACACUCCGAGGGAAGGGAGCGCACGGAAGGCACAAGGGGCCGGGGCGGACCGUGGGCUUGGUGAUCAGCGGGCCCGUGCUGCAACAGGAGCCAGAGGCCUUCAAGGCCAUGCAGUGCGUCCCCAUCCCGAACGGGGAUCUCCAGAGCUCGCCCCCUGCUGCCUGCACCAGAGGGCUCCUGAGCUCCGGCAAAUGGAGCGGAGAAAGCAGCCAGUCGUUAAACAGCGGUAGCGGGGUGAGCACGCCCGGCCCCAAGGAACGGAAAAGCCAGGAGGCCAACAAGCGCGGGGGCAUGUACUUGGAAGACCUGGACGUGCUGGCCGGGACGGCACUGCGGGACACAGGCGACCAGAACCACGCACACGAGUUCCAUUCCCAGGAGAACUUGGUCGUGCAUAUUCCCAAGGAUCACAAACCAGGAACGUUCCCCAAGGCACUCUCUAUUGAGAGCCUCUCGCCCACAGACGGUAGCAAUGGGGUUAACUGGAGGACCGGUAGCAUCUCCCUGGGCAGACAGCAGGGCCCUGGUGCCGGGGAGCCCAGACUCAUGGCGUCCUGCCACAGAGCAAGUAGAGUCAGUAUCUACGACAACGUCCCGGGCUCCCAUUUGUACGCCAGCACAGGAGACCUUUUGGACUUGGAGAAAGAUGACCUCUUCCCUCAUUUAGAUGACAUCUUGCACCACGUCAAUGGGCUCCAGGAGGUAGUGGAUGACUGGUCAAAGAACGUCUUGCCUGAGCUGCAAACACACGACGCACUGGUUGGAGAAUCUGGAUUAUGCCCCUUUCCAUCGCCUAAUCAGAUCACCUUAGAUUUCGAAGGCAACUCAGUCUCCGAAGGUCGGACAACACCCAGCGAUGUGGACAGAGCAUCUCUUAAUGAGUCGGAGGCCACUGGGGUCAGGGAAAGGAGGGAUUCUGGUGUAGGGGCCUCUCUGACCAGGCCAAACAGGCGACUCCGAUGGAAUAGUUUCCAGCUAUCGCACCAGCCUCAGCCGUCCACGGCACCCCACAUCAGCAACCAGACAGCUGGCCAGCUGAACCUGCUCCAGCGUUUCUCACUGCUUCGCCUCACGGCCAUCAUGGAGAAGUACUCCCUGUCCAAUAAACACGGCUGGACGUGCCUCUCCCCACAGGCUGCCCCAAGAGGCUCGCGUGACCUGGUUUCUGUGAAUUCUAGGUCAGUUCCAAAGUUCAUGAAGAGGAUGAAAGUUCCUGAUUACAAAGACAAGACUGUCUUUGGUGUUCCCCUCAUAGUUCACGUUCAGAGAACGGGACAGCCCCUGCCUCAGAGUAUUCAGCAAGCACUCAGAUACCUGCGUAGCAACUGCCUCGAUCAGGUGGGUCUUUUUCGAAAAUCGGGCGUGAAAUCUCGAAUCCAUGCAUUACGUCAGAUGAACGAGAGCUUCCCUGAGAAUGUCAGCUAUGAGGACCAAUCUGCUUAUGAUGUGGCGGAUAUGGUAAAACAGUUCUUCCGGGACCUCCCAGAGCCUCUUUUCACCAACAAGCUCAGCGAGACCUUCCUCCACAUCUAUCAGUAUGUCCCCAAGGAGCAGCGGCUGCAAGCAGUGCAGGCGGCCGUCCUGUUGCUGGCCGACGAAAGCAGGGAGGUCCUGCAGACGCUGCUGUGCUUCCUGAGUGACGUGGUCAACUCGGUGGAAGAGAAUCAGAUGACACCCAUGAACCUGGCUGUGUGUCUGGCCCCCUCCCUCUUUCAUCUUAAUUUACUGAAGAAAGAAAGCUCCCCCAGAGCCAUACAGAAGAAAUAUGCCACCGGGAAGCCAGAUCAAAAGGACCUCAGUGAGAACCUGGCCGCGGCUCAGGGGCUUGCCCACAUGAUCACAGAAUGCGACAGACUGUUUGAGGUCCCACAUGAGUUGGUAGCCCAGUCCCAUAACUCAUACGUGGAGGCUGAGAUCCACGCUCCAACUCUAGAAGACCUGGGGUCCCAGCUGGAGGAGAGCGGAGCAACUUUCCAUAUGUACCUGGAACAUCUCGUCCAGGGGCUCCAGAAAGAAGCCAAGGAGAAGUUCAAAGGCUGGGUCACGUGCUCCAGCACAGACAAUACAGAUCUUGCUUUCAAAAAGGUGGGGGACGGGCAUCCGCUGAAGCUAUGGAAGGCCUCUGCGGAGGUCGAAGCGCCCCCCUCGGUGGUUCUGAAUCGUGUGCUGAGAGAGCGUCACCUGUGGGAUGAGGAUUUUGUGCAGUGGAAGGUUGUGGAAACUCUGGACAAGCAAACAGAAAUCUAUCAGUACGUGCUGAACAGCAUGGCCCCCCAUCCUUCCAGGGACUUCGUGGUUCUCAGGACCUGGAAGACGGACCUGCCCAAAGGAACGUGUACCCUGGUGUCCCUCUCCGUGGAGCACGAGGAAGCCCAGCUCAUGGGCGGCGUGCGGGCCGUGGUGAUGGAUUCUCAGUACUUGAUAGAACCUUGUGGCUCCGGCAAAUCGAGACUGACCCACAUCUGCAGGAUAGACCUGAAGGUAGACGAGAAAUUGAGAUAUGAUGAAGGGACUUCUGGCUGCACCACUGGGCCACGAAGAGUAGCCACAUCUGACCCCGAGCCUCUGGCCUUCACUCUAUUUGUUGUCUGCUUUACUUUUAACAAAUAACUAGAGUAGCUCCUCAUUAAGUUAAGCAGAAGCUCCCUGGUAGUCUCGGCUACAGGCUGCAAAAGGCACAGCAGCCCAAGAGACCAUAUGCCCGCAUAAAAAUUAUCCAAACCCUGCCCUCUGCUCGUCCCUCUCAUGCCUUCCCCCCUUCCGUGAAAGGUUUCCUGUCCUAGCCAAAGGAGGAAUUUCACUUGCCCCCUAUGGGAAAGAAGAGAACACGGUGGUCAUUCUGGCGGCCACCGGCUACAAACAUCCUGAGCCCCCAGACCAUAUGAAUUCAAACCUGAUGCAAGCAUACGUCUUGAAAUUCUCAGGGAUGACGUUGCUCUGCUGGCUCUUGAUAUUUGGCCGCACAAAAACCGGUUGUAUGUCUUCUUCUCAGGAAGGUGAUGUACAGGGAUGAAAUAGACCCCAGCUAAGGGCAGUGGCACAUGCUGACACAAAAGCAAAAUCAGCGUGUGCUGACCGAACAAGGAGUUAGGAAAUAAACACUUGCAGUCACAGCUCUGUAUCACUGCAAAGCCAGCAAGUUUGAACAACGGACAGCAUGCGAAGUGGCACAUGCCUUCGCCCCCGGCCGACUACAUCUUCUGGAGAGUGUUUACUUCCAUUCUAGCAACCCCACCCACAGGCCACCCAGAUGUCUCCUAACCCACAUGCUCCUGUGCCCAGAUGAGGCUCAAAAUCCCAAGUAGUGCUGUUCCUCUGCAGCAAAAUUUCCUGCAGAGGACGUUUGUUCACAUGUGCGGUCCACAUCCACACGACAUUGGAGGGGGCUGGGACACCGGGCAGGCAGAGGUGUGGCUGCAGAGAAGACGGUGUGGAACAGAAACAGUGAUAAGCAGCAGUCCUUUCUUGUUACUUGUAGCAGUUCUGUUCGUUAAAGUCACCGUGAACUGAAUUAGCGAGUACCAGACCACUGCUCCUGACAGAAAUAUAGGGGCAGGUUCCCAGGAGCCUCUGCUCACAACAUUUGUGUCAACCAAUAAAUAUAUAACCUUAUUCUAUGUGAAUUUCUGUUUAAACAUGCCUUACUCAAUAUCUAUUUCUUACUAAUAAUGAUUGAGCUACGGUAUUUCUUUAUAGGAAAACAACAGUCAAGAAAGGCUUAAUAUUUUCCUGACCCCGAGUAAUGUGACUAUAGAUUUAUUAGGCUUUCAGCCUCACCACAAUGCUUUAUUACCUUUUUUUUUUUUUAAUGGGCCAUCAUCUCAGGAAUCCACAAAUUUAGAUGCUUUCCAUCUUUUCCAUAACUUCAUCAUGCAUUAUCAGUGUUACUUUCCAGAGUCGCCUCACUUACAGAUCGGUGCAUUUCCUCUUUC